AUGGAGGGGAUUCAUCAUGGGCACGGGGAAGACCGCCCGAACCACCACAUGGCCUUUUCCGGCUUCGACCCGGACGCCCAUAUGAUGUCCGACGACUUCUCGCUUGACUCACCUUUCAGUGCCGGUUCCUCCAACGCCAAAGAUGGCGUCCUGGGGAGUCCAAUCUUCCCCGAGUGGACGCACGGGGCACCCCGUGGCGAUAGCCCCGACGAGAUGCAGAGGAAGGAUCCUCUGGCCGCCCAGAUUUGGAAACUCUACACCCGGACGAAAUCCCAACUGCCGAACCAAGAGCGCAUGGAGAACUUGACCUGGAGGAUGAUGGCCAUGAAUCUGAAGCGCAAGGAGCGGGAGCAGCAAGAACAGCAGGCACGUGCCUCGGAAACGUUGAGCCCGUCCAACAACAUUGCAAACAUGCAUCUCUCAGACAAUGUAUCCCCCGCGGAAUCCCACUCGCAUCCUAUGCAUAUGGAGACGACCCCAGACCCAAUGAACUUGGACGAUUUCAUCAUUCCCUUCGACUCUCCUGCCGAUCACUCUCAUCAACCGACCGAUCGCCCCUUCACGGCAGUGCCGUCGGGAUCCAUCCCCAUCAAAUCGCGCAAGGAUCAGGCGAUGAUGGAUCCGUCUGUGGCCGCUUCUUUCCCCCACCCUCCCCACGACCCCAACUCCGAGUUCGGAUAUGUGCCCCGUCGAGUUCGCAAAACGAGCGUCGACGAGCGGCAAUUCUUCGCUGGCCUAGGCGUGCCCACCCGCAAGCGACCUGCCGAGGCCUCGCCCCAGGUACCUCCCGUAUCCAACGCUAUGAUUUCGCAUCACUCGGGCCUCUCAUCAGCACUGCCAGAUUAUUCGCUGGACCACCCUCCCUCGACAUUCGCUCUCACAGGAAACGGCACGGUGGGCCCGCGCAGGCCCCAGCACUCACAUACGCAUUCGGGAGUGCCAUAUGGGCUCGACACCUUUGGCAUUGGCGAGGAUCAUGGAAUUCACUCGGCCGGACCUUAUCAGCAGAACUUCCAUUUCUCGCCUUCGGAAUCACCGAUGACGGCAGGAAAUCCGUUCUCGAACCUGUAUUCGCAGACGCCGCUUGCCUCGUCCCUCAACUCGAACGAGUUCUUCUCUCCCCCGCCCUCGGGCUACCAAUCGGCCGUGUCCACCCCGCAACCGAUUUACGAGGGCGAGCAGUCCAUGUUCUUCAAUGAUACGCCCUCUGAGUCUCUUCCUCAGCGCCGGAUCCCGAACUACAUCCAACAGCGUCAAUCUAACCUGUCCGCUUCCCUGCACAACCGCUACAUGUACAAUGUUUCCAACGGCGAGUCCCAGUCGGGGAACUCCGCCACAGGAACCCCCACGACUCACGUUUCUGGAUUCUCAGUCCCGCAACACCAGCAUGUCAACCCUUCGCAGGUUCUUGGGUCUGGCGAGUUCUCCACAACAGCCCCAGCCAGCAGCAUGUUUACUUUUGGCGGAGACUCGGACAAUGAGGACGACGAUGGUGGUUAUGAACGCGGCGGUAUCGCAAUGCCGAACGACUUUUCUUCAUUGGAUGAUGCCGGCGACCUCGGCCCUCCUCUACACUGGGAUGGAGGCUAUGCCGGAUCAGUCCAGUCACUUCCAGGCUUUGGUGCUCACCCUAGAAAACAAGUUACGAUCGGAUCUACAGACAUGAUCGAUGGGCCGUCCGAAUGGAACCACGCUGGUUCUCUCGGUCGUACCCAUGGAUCUGCCGCCUCCGUGAGCGAAGUGCGCAAUCGUGAGCAAGACCCGCGCCGGUACGGAAAGGUACCGCGCACAGCCUCAACUCCCAAUGCCGCUGCUUUGCUUCGCCAGAACCUUAACGGCUCUGCCAGCGUACCUCCAACCACUCACCCGUCCCCUAGCACGCCUCCCGAGUCUGGUCUCAGCAGCGCUGUGCCUUCGCGCCCAGGCAGCCCUGGUGGCUCGAAGAACGGUGACCCGAACGCAGGGCCAACCACCUGCACCAACUGUUUCACUCAGACCACGCCUCUAUGGCGACGCAACCCUGAGGGCCAGCCACUGUGCAAUGCCUGUGGUCUGUUCCUGAAACUUCACGGUGUCGUCCGACCCCUGUCGUUGAAAACCGAUGUCAUCAAGAAGCGAAACCGCAGCAGCGCCAACACUCUUGCUGUUGGCGCUUCUCGAUCAUCCAAAAAGUCUUCCCGCAAGAACUCCAUUCACCACGCUCCAUCCAACUCCAUCGGAUCGCGCAUCAACGCAUCCGAGUCCCCGCCUUCAAUUGCCUCUUCCAGCGCGACUGGCAAGCCCGGCGUCGUUCCAAUCGCUGCCGCUCCGCCCAAGUCUGGUCCACCUGCUGGUGUGGCCCAGGCCCGUGCCGGAGUCCAAGUGGCUCCCAGGCGGCAGCGCAGACUCGAAAAAGCCCCCACAGGCUCGGAACCUGAUGCUGAAGAGAGCCCCAAGUCCAAUGCCCCCGCCAGCCGGUCCAAGGUUGUACCUUUGGCUCCGGCGAUGGCGCCACCUGCUGCCGCCAACCCGGCCAACCACAGUAUCGCCGGUGGACAAGGCGCAAGCCAGGAGUGGGAGUGGUUGACGAUGAGUCUGUAG